AAAUGUUGAACAAGUAAGCCUCUUUAAGUAACCAACUUGUAUAUUCUAAUGUCCUAUGAAAAAAAAUGAGAAAAAAGUAAAAGGAGGAGUCUUAUUCUGUUGAUUUAUUUCAUCUGGGGAUUUUAAUAUUAGUAAAGACCAACUUUAAAAGAGCCUGACAAAAACAAAAAGUGGGCAAAAACCAUUGGAUUCAGUGACCCUUUUGUUGCUUUAUACUGCUCUUUUGUUUUUACUUGUGUUUUCUGUUCUUGAUAUUUUUGAGGAAUUUUCAAGAUUUCAUCUGAUUUUCAGCUUUUGGGGUUUCAUCAAAAGUGAAGUUGAGCUCUAUAGUUGUUGAAAGAUUGUUUCUUUUUUUGUCUGAUUGAGUUCUUGAUAUACUGUAUAGUUCUGUAAAUCCACUGAAAAGAUUGUUUCUUUCUGGACUUGUGAUUUGCUGGAGAGCUCCAAGACUUAUAGUAUAAAGGGUUCUUAAAUUUGCUUCAAUUUCUUAGUACACCCCUUUCCAAAUUGAAUUGAUAAUGAUGAAGAGUUUCAAUCUUUGUAGUUCUUGAAAGUGGAAAAAGUUGGUAUUUUUAUUCUAAUAUACAAGAAUUCCACUAGGAUUUUGGGGGUUAAAUUCUUUAUGAUCAUGGAAAAACAGGUUAGUUUCCAGGGUGCAACAAUGGAAAAACAACAAAGUUUUCGAAACGGGGCGAUGGAGAAGCAGAAGAGCUUUAGAGGAAUAAUGGAAAAACAGAAAAGUUUUAGGAUAGCAAUGGAGAGGCAAAUGAGUUUUGGUGGUGAGAGGAAAAGGGGUAAGGAUUCACCGGGAAAACGAGGGGAUUCCCUGCUGCAUCUUGCAGCUAGAGGAGGAAAUUUAGGAAAGGUGAAAGAAAUUGUUCAAAAGUUUGAUGAAAAAGGGAUAAAAGAUUUGUUAUGUCAGCAAAACCAUGAGGGUGAGACUGCUUUGUAUGUUGCUGCUGAGAAUGGCCAUUGUUUGGUUGUUGCAGAGUUCUUGAAACAUUUAGACCUUGAAAUUGCUUCUAUUGUGGCAAAUAAUGGUUAUGAUACACUCCAUGUUGCAGCAAGGCAGGGUCAUCUAGAUGUACUGCAGGAACUGCUGAAUUCCUUUCCAAACUUAGUCAUGACCACAGAUUCGUCCAAUUCUACAGCGUUACACACUGCAGCUGCACAGGGACAUAUUCAUGUAGUAAAUAUGCUUCUGGAGAUUGAUUCUAACCUUGCUAAGAUAGCUCGGAACAACGGAAAGACUGUGCUCCAUACAGCUGCAAGAAUGGGACACUUGGAGAUAGUUAGAUCCCUUCUUAGCAAGGAUCCUGAGAUUGGCUUUAGAACAGAUAAAAAAGGCCAGACUGCCCUUCACAUGGCUGCAAAGGGACAAAAUGUUGACAUCGUGCUCGAAUUAAUCAAACCAAAUCCUGCUGUGUUGUCCUUGGAAGAUAACAAAGGAAACACAGCACUUCAUAUUGCAACAAGAAAGGGACGGGUACAGAUGGUACAAUGCCUUAUAUCAAUUGAGGGCAUUGAUCUUAACGCCCUUAAUAAAGCUGGAGAAACAGUUCUUGAUAUUGCAGAAAAGUUUGGAACUCCGGAGCUUGUUUCUAUUUUGAAAGAGGCCGGAGCUACCCAUUCCAAAGAUUAUGGGAAGCCCCCCGGUCCUGCAAAGCAGCUCAAGCAGACUGUCAGUGACAUCAAACAUGAUGUGCACUCACAGCUCCAACAGAGUAGGCAGACUGGCUUCAAAGUACGAAAAAUUGCAAUGAAGGUGAAGAAGCUCCACAUUAGUGGUCUUAAUAAUGCCAUCAACAAUGCAACCGUUGUUGCUGUCCUUAUCGCUACUGUUGCUUUUGCUGCUAUCUUCACUGUACCUGGACAAUAUGUUGAAGAUAAAACAGAUGGAUUUUCGCUUGGAGAAGCACACAUAGGGAGAAAAGCAGCUUUUAUAAUCUUCUUCUUGUUUGACAGUAUGGCAUUGUUUAUUUCAGUUGCUGUUGUUGUGGUCCAGACGUCUGUGGUCGUGAUUGAACAGAAAGCAAAGAAAAGACUCAUGUUUUGGAUAAACAAGCUAAUGUGGGCAGCUUGUCUCUUCAUCUCAGUCGCCUUUAUCUCUCUAAGUUAUGUGGUAGUUGGAUCUAAGGAAAGAUGGCUUGCCGUGUAUGCAACUGUGGUUGGUUGCAUAAUAAUGCUCACUACGAUUGGCUCCAUGUGCUAUUGUGUGGUUCAAAAUAGGCUAGAAGAAUCAAGGUUGAGGAGCAUUCGUAGAACUGAGACUAAUUCACGUUCUUUCCCAUUGUCUGUGGCAUCAGAUCCAGAGCUAUGCAGUGAGAACUACAAGAAGAUGUAUGCAGUAUAGGUAGAAUAACUGGGCAGCUUUCUGCCUAUGGUGUCAAACACAGAGCUCGGUAACUGAAACUAUAACCAAAUGUAUGCACUUCUUAACCAUGAAGUUCAAAAACAUUGACAUGGCACCAGAUUCAGAAUGGUGAAAGUAUGGAAGGGAUCUAUACUUCUCAGGAACAAAUGACUAGAAAUUUUCAAUAGAUUGACAAUACUAUCGGAGCGGUAUCAGUCCCUGCAGCAUCUUUCUUGGAAGUUCAACUGAAGCAUUAGCAGAUCUUUCAGUUUAUUUACCAUAAAAAUGAGACAGCUCGCGGCGCAGGCUUUCUGGAAGUCUACAUGGAUAAAACAAUUAGUACAUAGAUUGCAACUUGGUGACAAGAAUAUGGGGAUGGCUGCUAUUUAUUUUUAUGCCUAUAUACCUGAUCAACUUCUUAGUUCAUCAAACAAAAUGGUGUCAUUGUACAAUUUAUGAUAGCUUUUUUCUAUCAUCAUGAAAGUUCCUUCUUUUCCA